UGAGCUUUUCCAUGUCACUUGUCUGCAGAACUUCUCCUGGUCUGGAGUUCAGAACUUGUGUCACAGGGAGUAGUAUGUCACCCUUUGCCUUGAUCGUCCCUGCGGUAGCUGAGAAAUCGUUCCCGGGGUGGAAGAUGUCCUUAAGGGCUGGGGGCCAACAUAAGGAUGGUUGUAACAUGGGGAGAGUCAAUUAGACAGGUAAUAUUUUUUAUCAUCUCAUUAAAAUGGUCAUAGCAAUCUGAGUGGCGUCGGGUUGAAGCUCAAGCCCUGAAGACCUGCUGAAGGUAGAUGGUGAACUGUCAUGCUUCCUGCAAGCUGCCUUCAGCAGAGAAGUGGGGUCUGCUGACUAAUGAGAGUCUCCAAGAAGGGGAAUAACUCGUAGUUUCUGCCUGGAAGUUGACAGUUCCUUUAAAAACAGGCUUUUUGAGAAACUUCUCCCCUGUGCUUAGCAGCCCCAGCGCCUCCCUUCAGAGGCACCUGCUGCCCCCCAGCUGCCAGCGCCGCCUUUACACCUUUUUUUUUAUUUACUUAUUUUAAGUUCACGGUGCUUCUCAGCCUGUUUUCCGAAUCCAAACAUUAUGAAGUGGGUAACGAAACCUCAGCUGGGGCCGGGGGAAGAACACAUAUGAGUACGGAGAUGCUCUUUCCAUGGCUGUUGAUAUCAAAGGCAGCAUCGCCAGCACUGCCUGGCACGGCGGUGGGUGUGAUUUUAUGAUUUUAGCAGAUGCACUUGCCAGCACCUAUUGUAAGGCAUGAGGAAAUCCCAGUUACAGCUGCCUUUAGUUUUCUCUGUUAUUACAGUUUAUGACCAGCCCCAGAAUAUUUCUCAUGAGAGAUACGGUAGAUGGACAAAGAAAAAUUUUAUUGGGACAUCAGUGAUGUACGUAUGUGCUAGAGGUUAUGCAGUUGUUGGAGAGCCUCUUGUUUCUUGUAAAGCUGGAGGGGGGCUGCCGGCACCCUGGAGUCACCCCCAGCCCUGAGUGUACUGAGGCUCAGUGUCCCGUCCCAGAUAUCACACACGGACAGCUGAAACCUGCACAGAACCUCACCUACGGCAGCACCGCCACGCUCGAGUGCGAUGCCGGGUACAUCCCCGUGGGUGCCACCACCACCGUGCGGUGCCUGAGCGCGGGCAGAUGGCACCCGCGGGUGCCCGCCUGCACCCUCGGUCACUGUCCCUACCCUCCCGCUGUUGACCACGCAGACCGAAACCCUCAGCGCAGCUUUCCAGUCGGGGCAACCGUGACCUACUUCUGCAGAGCCGGAUACACUUUGCUCCCUGAAGUAUCUCCGAUAACUACUUGCCUUAAAAAUUUCACAUGGUCCGUAAUCCCAAAGCUUUGCCAGAAGGUGCAGUGUCCCAGCCCGGUUAUCCACCACGGGAGAGAGGUCAGCCCCAGGAAAGCUGAAUACACCUUUGGGCACCAGGUGGAAUUCCAGUGCGAGCCCGGCUACGUGCUGAGGGGCAGCCAGAGAGGCCAGUGCUGGUCUGACGGGACGUGGAGACCCCCCGCGCCGUACUGCGACAAGGUUUGUGGUCCCCCUCCAACAAUCGCCAGCGGGCAGCACUCUGCCUUGGGAGCGGAGCAGUUCCCCUACGGCUUGGAAGUAAAAUACAGCUGUGUGGAGGGGCUGUCCCUCAUCGGGGAUGAAUCCAUCUACUGCACCUCCGACGAUGGGGUGAACCUGACGUGGAGCGGACCUGCCCCGGAGUGCAGGGUGGUUCGGUGCCCCAAGCCCGCAGUCGAGAGGGGGAGGAUGACCCCGCAGAGGUUCACCUUUCCCUACGGGGCGGCCGUGCGGUUCUCCUGUGACGAAGGCUUCGUGCUGCGGGGCGAUGCCGAGAGCCGGUGCCUGGCCGACAGCGCCUGGCACCCUCCCCUGCCCACUUGCCAGCCAGUUCUGUGUCCACAACCACAAGUGGCCAAUGGAAGGCUGAAAAGCACUUUGGAUGGCAAAAUGUGGUACCAAACAAAUGCAACCGUUACUUUUGAAUGUCUUCAUGGAUACCACUUUGCAGACGAUGGAGACAUGUCUUUAGAAGGCUCUUGGACAGCCACGUGCUUGCCUGAUGGCAGCUGGACACCGUUGCCCAAGUGUAGGAAAGAAGGUGAUUCUGAUGUAUGCGAAGAGGUUGAUUAUAUCAAAACAGCCUUUGGAUGCGGUGUGCCUAUAGCAGAAAUGAAAACUCUACUGGAAAUACAAAAACUGUUUCUGGAGAUUAAAAAACUAAAGGUGGAGCUAGGAAACUUGAAUGAGUGAGUCCUGUAACACACUGCAACCAUCACUUUUCCUUUGGUGAACAUGCAGUUUCUGUAGUCACAGUAUCUAUAAGAAGGCUCUCGGUGAUUUAUGGUUUAUGCCUGAAUACCUACAGGCAGAGAUAUAAUAACCAAUGUAUGGGAGAUUGCUUUUGUCGUGCUAGAGCAUAGAGGGAUUUUUGCUCUUUUCCUUAAAUCUGACAAGCUUGAUUUGCUAUUUAACAAAUGUGUUGUUGCACAUUUUACAUUGGCAUAGUAAAAUUAAAUCGAGCUUCUUUGAGUCACCGCAUAACCUGUGCCAAGCCGAGAGAAGGGGGACUGAAGUCCACAGAAGGAAAAUUCUAGCUGAGAUGAGAGUCGGUGGUUCUCGCUGAAGGUGUUUCUGCCGUAAUCUUCCAGCCGGCGAUUUGCGCACACGCCACACCCUCUGCCCAUACCGAUCUCAGCCCGUCAUAGCAUUAGCAUGCUUCUACCUAGAAAUAGUAGCGAAGCCAGCAUUUAACUGCGUGAUUUCCUGUUAAUUUAGCUCAUGAUUUCUGGCCAUCUAGCUAAGGGCAGUUACAUAUCAGGAAGUGAAUUUAUAAAGGCUUCUAUUUGUUAUCACUGGAUUUAAAAAAAAGCAACAGGUUUCUUGCCCAGCACUGUACUGAACAGAUAUUCGUGUUGGUGUCAUCUUCCACAUCCCUAUUUCUGGCAAGCAAACGCUAAGAAUAGAUGUUGUGUGUUUAAGUGUAGAGUAUCAGACAGCAAAGAUUGUUCUUACCACGCAAUAAACAAUGAUCAGAUUAUGUCGCUCUGUGGGGCAGCGAUUACUCCUUCCCUGCAAGAUUACAAUAAAGGUGCAGGUGGAACCAUG